AUGUCCGAAGAUUUGGACUCGAUCAGCGAGGAAGAACAAAGUUUGUUCCGACCUUUCACACGAGAGUCAUUGUCCGCUAUCGAAGCCCGCAUCGCAGAGGAACAUGCCAAGCAAAAGGAACUCGAAAAGAAGCGCGCAGAGGGCGAGGUGCGAUACGAUGACGAGGAUGAAGACGAAGGUCCGCAGCCGGACGCGACCCUGGAGCAGGGUCUGCCACUGCCUGUGCGGAUGCAGGGAUCCUUCCCCCUGGAACUUGCCUCCACACCUCUCGAAGACAUCGAUCCUUUUUACCAUAAUCAAACAACGUUCGUAGUGAUAAGCAAGGGUAAAGAUAUCUUCAGGUUUUCGGCGACAGAUGCUUUAUGGAUGUUGGAUCCGUUCAAUCCAAUAAGGAGGGUUGCCAUAUACAUUCUUGUGCACCCCCUCUUCUCUCUCUUCAUCAUAACAACGAUCCUUGUCAAUUGCAUCCUUAUGAUAAUGCCCACCACGCCGACCGUCGAAAGUACUGAAGUUAUCUUUACGGGAAUCUACACGUUCGAAUCAGCGGUGAAAGUAAUGGCCAGGGGUUUCAUUCUACAGCCAUUCACAUACCUUAGAGAUGCAUGGAAUUGGCUUGACUUCGUAGUUAUAGCUUUAGCUUAUGUGACGAUGGGCAUAGAUCUCGGCAACUUGGCCGCUCUCAGAACCUUCAGAGUUCUACGAGCGCUGAAGACUGUGGCCAUCGUACCGGGUUUGAAGACGAUCGUUGGUGCUGUCAUAGAGUCUGUGAAAAAUCUACGCGAUGUGAUUAUUUUGACUAUGUUCUCUCUAUCUGUUUUCGCGUUAAUGGGCCUACAAAUCUACAUGGGAGUGUUGACGCAAAAAUGUGUAAAGGUCUUCCCAGAUGACGGUAGUUGGGGCAACCUAACUGACGAGAGCUGGGAGAGAUUUUGUCAAAAUGAAACGAAUUGGUACAGUGAAAAUGGAGACUAUCCUUUAUGCGGGAAUUCAUCGGGAGCGGGGCAAUGUGAGCCAGGCUACAUUUGUUUACAAGGGUACGGACCGAAUCCCAACUACGGUUACACGAGCUUCGAUACGUUCGGGUGGGCGUUUCUAUCAGCCUUCCGACUGAUGACGCAAGAUUAUUGGGAAAACUUGUAUCAACUGGUUUUGAGAUCAGCUGGCUCCUGGCACGUCCUUUUCUUCGUAGUGAUCAUCUUCCUCGGUUCAUUCUAUCUCGUCAACUUGAUCUUGGCCAUUGUCGCCAUGUCGUAUGACGAAUUGCAGAAGAAAGCUGAGGAGGAAGAACAGGCUGAAGAAGAAGCUCUGAGGGAAGCGGAACAAAAAGCAGCAGCACGAGCAGAUAAGCAGGAAGCGAGGGAAGCCCAUGCAAGGGAGCAAGCUGCUGCGGCAGAAGCGGCUGCCUACGCGGAAGCCCAUCCCGCUAAGUCACCCAGCGACUUCUCCUGUCAGAGCUACGAGCUGUUCGUGAACCAGGAGCGAGGCAAUCAGGACGACAAUACACGGGAACGCAUGUCACUGCGAAGCGACCCCUUCCAGGACUCGGUGAGCACACAGCCCACGCACAAGCCUGCCAACGACACGCACCACGACACAGCACGCCGACAGAGGAAGGUCAGCAUGGUUCCCCAUCCUGAACGCAUUAAUAAAUAUGGACAGUUGUCAUAUGGGCCACUGCGGGAGGGCUCACAGGCUUCUUUAUCGUUACCUGGGUCACCAUUCAAUUUACGAAGAGGCUCGAGAGGUUCUCAUCAGAUGGCUUUAAGACCAAACGGAAGAAACAGGUAUCCACCAGGAGCUGAUCGGAAACCAUUGGUUUUAUCAACAUAUUUGGACGCCCAGGAACACUUACCAUACGCUGAUGAUUCAAAUGCGGUAACACCAAUGUCGGAAGAAAACGGCGCUAUAAUUAUACCUGUCUACUACGCGAAUUUAGGAUCAAGACAUUCCUCGUACACAUCACACCAGUCAAGACUAUCGUACACAUCGCACGGGGACCUUCUAGGAGGAAAGGCUCAGACGAAGGAAGCCAGGCUUCGGGGACGGUCUGCGUCGAGGAACCACAGCAUCACCUCCCAACCCCACGCCUACCCGCUGCCCAGACAAGAAUCGUCGCUGGUAUCUCGACCAUUACGAGAAUAUGAGGUUAGCACGACCGAAUGUACGGAUGAAGCUGGAAAAGUUCUGAAGCAAUCAAACGACAAUCCUUUUAUAGAGUCGUCUCAGCAGCCAAAUGUUGUAGAUAUGAGAGAUGUAAUGGUACUAAAUGAAAUAAUUGAACAAGCUGGAAGACAAAGCAGGGCCAGCGAACAGAAUGGUAAUAAUGAGCGAAUACUAACAAGAUUAUUUUUGUCUCUCCCCUCACUACACACACACUCCGGUAAACGUGACACACCAGUGUCAGUGUACUACUUCUCAACAGCUGAAGAUGAUGAUGAAGGACCCACGUUCAAGGAGAGAAUGCUCGAAUGGCUAAUGAAAGGAAUAGACUUCUUCUGUGUGUGGGACUGCUGUUGGCUCUGGCUUGAAUUCCAGAAGUACGUCGCUCUUUUGGUGUUCGAUCCUUUCGUAGAACUCUUUAUCACGUUGUGUAUCGUUGUCAAUACUCUGUUCAUGGCCUUGGAUCACCACGACAUGGACAAAGAUAUGGAGAGAGCAUUAAAAAGCGGCAACUAUUUUUUCACUGCAACAUUUGGUAUUGAAGCGAUGCUUAAAUUAAUAGCAAUGAGUCCGAAAUAUUACUUUCAAGAAGGAUGGAAUAUAUUUGACUUUAUAAUUGUGGCCUUAUCGUUACUGGAAUUAGGACUCGAAGGUGUUCAGGGUUUGUCCGUAUUGCGUUCAUUCCGAUUGCUUCGAGUAUUCAAAUUGGCAAAGUCGUGGCCGACUCUUAAUUUACUCAUCUCUAUAAUGGGUAGGACGAUGGGUGCCUUGGGCAACCUGACCUUCGUAUUGUGCAUCAUUAUUUUCAUAUUUGCCGUGAUGGGUAUGCAACUAUUCGGGAAAAAUUACGUGGAUUACGUCGACCGAUUUCCCGGAGGAGAACUGCCGAGGUGGAAUUUCACAGACUUCAUGCACAGUUUCAUGAUUGUCUUCCGUGUGCUUUGUGGAGAAUGGAUAGAGAGCAUGUGGGAUUGCAUGCUUGUCGGAGACGUGUCAUGUAUCCCCUUUUUCUUAGCAACCGUCGUCAUUGGCAAUCUUGUGGUACUUAACCUCUUCUUGGCCCUGUUACUGUCAAAUUUCGGCUCCUCGAGUUUAUCAACACCAACUGCGGACCAAGAUACGAAUAAAAUUGCUGAAGCGUUCAACAGAAUAUCCAGGUUUACUGAUUGGGUCAAGCGAAGUGCUGCGGACGUACUGAAAAUGGUGAAAAACAAAUUGACCAAUCAGAUAGCGAUACACGCCCCAGAGCGAGUCGACAACGAGCUAGAACUGGGUGCUGAUAUCGAAGAUGGUGUACUAUAUAAGGAUAAAAAGCUAAAAGAUCAAGUGGAAGUAGCGAUAGGCGACGGCAUGGAGUUUACAAUACCAGGUGACAAUAAAUACAAGAAGGGUAAAAUAUUAAUGAACAACAUAAACGCUAUAACAGACAACCACACAGAUAAUAGAAUAAAUUGUGAAAUAAACCAUCAUGGAUAUCCAAUACAGGACGAUGAUACCAUUAGUCAGAAGUCGUACGGUAGUCAUAAAAUAAGGUCAUUCAAAGACGACAGUCAUAAAGGCUCAGCGGAUACAAUAGACGGAGAAGAAAAGAAAGAUGCUAGUAAAGAAGAGCUUGGAUUGGAAGAAGAAAUGAUUGAGGAUGAAGAAGAUGGGAAAUUGGAUGGUUUAGCUAAAAUAGAUAUCAAAGUAGCUGCUGAUGAAGAUGUAGUAGACUUAACACCAGCCGACUGUUGUCCAGAACCUUGCUAUUCUCGCUUUCCAUUCUUGGCUGGGGACGAUGAGUCUCCUUUCUGGCAAGGAUGGGGUACUCUUCGUCUAAAGACCUUCAGAUUGAUUGAGAACACAUACUUUGAAACGGCUGUGAUAACAAUGAUUUUACUCAGUAGUUUGGCAUUGGCGUUAGAAGACGUACAUCUACCGCAUCGGCCUAUACUCCAAGACAUCUUAUAUUACAUGGAUCGUAUUUUUACAGUUAUAUUCUUUAUUGAGAUGUUAAUCAAAUGGCUUGCCCUCGGAUUUCAAAAGUACUUUACCAACGCUUGGUGCUGGCUUGACUUCAUUAUUGUGAUGUUGUCGCUAAUUAACCACGGCGCGGUGAUGGCUGGCGCAGACGACAUCCCAGCAUUUCGCUCCAUGCGUACAUUACGAGCUCUGCGACCACUUCGUGCAGUCUCCAGAUGGGAGGGCAUGCGCGUGUCACUUAUAAACUUCGUAGCGGCGCUUUGUGGUGCUGGAGGCAUUCAAGCAUUCAAAACGAUGCGAACACUUCGAGCUCUGCGUCCGCUCAGAGCGAUGAGCCGUAUGCAGGGCAUGAGGAUCCUAGUAAAGUCCUUGCUUAAGUGUGCUAAAAGCGGAGCGGCAUGCAAUAUGCUCCUAUCUUCCUGCAAAUCUGACAGAGACUUGGUGGUUGUGAACGCCUUGGUCCAAGCCAUACCAUCGAUUUUCAAUGUGUUGUUAGUGUGUCUUAUAUUCUGGCUCAUUUUCGCCAUCAUGGGUGUCCAACUGUUUGCCGGAAAAUACUUCAAGUGUGUAGACAUGAACCACACAACGUUGAGCCAUGAAAUCAUUCCGGAUAGAAAUGCAUGCAUUUUGGAAAAUUAUACUUGGGAAAACUCACCGAUGAACUUCGAUCAUGUUGGGAAAGCAUACCUUUGUUUAUUCCAAGUAGCCACGUUCAAGGGUUGGAUCCAAAUUAUGAAUGAUGCGAUUGACUCUCGAGAAGUCGGCCGUCAACCCAUUAGGGAAACAAACAUCUACAUGUACUUAUAUUUCGUCUUCUUCAUUAUCUUUGGAUCAUUCUUCACUCUUAACCUAUUCAUUGGAGUUAUCAUUGAUAACUUUAAUGAACAGAAGAAAAAAGCGGGCGGCAGUUUGGAAAUGUUUAUGACUGAAGAUCAGAAAAAGUAUUACAAUGCCAUGAAAAAGAUGGGAUCUAAAAAGCCACUGAAAGCUAUACCUAGACCAAGGUGGAGACCGCAAGCCAUCGUCUUUGAAAUAGUAACGGAUAAGAAGUUUGACAUGAUUAUAAUGUUGUUCAUCGGAUUCAACAUGUUGACCAUGACCCUAGAUCAUUACCAACAAUCUGAAACAUUCAGCAUGGUCCUCGAUUACCUGAACAUGAUAUUUAUUGUAAUAUUUAGCUCAGAGUGUCUUUUGAAAAUUUUCGCUCUACGCUAUCACUAUUUUGUUGAGCCAUGGAAUCUCUUUGAUUUCGUCGUUGUGAUGUUUUCUAUACUCAGUUUGGUUCUGAGUGAUAUUAUAGAGAAAUACUUUGUAUCCCCAACUCUCUUGAGGGUUGUGAGGGUGGCCAAAGUCGGUAGAGUACUGCGUCUCGUGAAAGGUGCGAAGGGAAUCCGAACACUUCUCUUCGCAUUGGCUAUGUCACUGCCAGCUCUGUUCAAUAUAUGUUUGCUGCUGUUCUUGGUCAUGUUCAUUUUUGCUAUCUUCGGAAUGUCGUUCUUCAUGCACGUAAAGAACAAAGGUGGUCUGGACGACGUUUACAAUUUUAAGACCUUCGUACAAAGUAUGAUAUUACUAUUUCAGAUGUCAACCUCAGCGGGUUGGGAUGGUGUGCUAGACGGCAUAAUCAAUGAAGAAGAAUGUGAUUUGCCCGACAAUGAGCGAGGCUACCCUGGUAACUGUGGCUCAGCUACCAUUGGUAUCACCUUCUUGCUAUCCUAUUUGGUGAUAUCUUUCUUGAUCGUUAUCAACAUGUACAUUGCCGUUAUUCUCGAGAACUAUUCACAAGCAACAGAAGACGUGCAGGAAGGCUUAACCGACGACGAUUAUGACAUGUACUACGAAAUCUGGCAGCGAUUUGAUCCAGAAGGAACUCAGUACAUCCGUUACGAUCAACUGUCAGAUUUCCUUGAUGUUCUAGAACCACCGCUACAGAUUCACAAGCCAAACAAAUACAAGAUUAUAUCGAUGGAUAUUCCUAUCUGUCGAGGCGAUAUGAUGUUCUGUGUAGAUAUUCUCGACGCUCUCACUAAAGACUUCUUUGCUCGAAAAGGAAAUCCUAUCGAGGAACCAGGCGAUAUCGUCGGACGGCCCGGUGAGGUCGGGUACGAGCCAGUGUCAUCGACGCUGUGGCGGCAGCGCGAAGAGUACUGCGCGCGGCUGAUACAGCACGCGUGGAGGCGGCAUAGGCGAGCGCAGUCUCCGAACGGGUCGGUCGGACCGGGCGGAGACGCCGCGGAGGGCGCAGAGGGCGCUCCGACUGCGGUAGUGUUGGACGGCGGAGCGGGAGGCGCCCACGUAGUCCUGCAAGCGGCAGGAGCCGCGCCGCGUCCACCCGACCCUGCACCCCCUCCCGCGCCCGUCUGA